CUCCAGCAUCGGGCCUGGACUGGGUCCCAAAGUGUCCUGGGGCCCAGGAAGGGGCACCCCUCAUGAUGACACUGCCCCUGACUUGCCUGGGCUGUCAUGACAGGAGGAAGCAUUAAUUCAGUCCCUACAGUGGGAGACACUUCUGCUUCCAUAGUGGCUUCCAUAGUGAACACAUACUGUACCCUCAGCCCUGUACCAGGCUCUGUGUCUCAGAUUUUCAAUACGGGGGAUGUUAUGCAUGGGGAAACAGAGGCCUGGAAGUUAGCCUGAUGCUAUCGUUUAUAAAUUAUAUAUAGAUAUGGAACAUAUACCAGGUGCCCUUGGAAGCGCCCCCUUACAUCUGAUUUGUGUAAUCCUCACUGUCAGUCCAGUUUUCCUCCAAUUUCACAGUUGAGGAGACUGAGGCUGGAGUUUAAUCAGGUGGCUUAUUCCUAAUUGAGGCAGGGCUGAUGGCCGUUCCCGCCACACAGAGGCAGAGCAUGUCAGACGCCCCGACUCAAUUUGCCAAACACACCCUCUGUGCCAUUCCGGUGCUGGGAGCUGCUGGGACCCCAAGGAGUCCCCAACCUGGGGAAAACAGAGCCAGACAGACACGAAAGCGGGUUUUUCAGAGGAGAGGACGCUGUCUUGCCAAGCUAGAUUCCAAGCAGUGGGGCCACGGUGGGCGUGGUAGCAUGAGCCAGGCCAGGACGCUGGGUGGGUCUUGGGUGCCGCACUGAGAAGGGGUCAGUGCCCCGGGAGAGAGGAAAAGGAGGGAGUAAUUAGAUUUACAGUUUAGCAGAAAGGAGCCAAAAUGCCUAUCCCUGGCUCGAGGUUAAGGUGCUGCCAACUCCCCGCCCCCGCCGCCCGCGGUCGUAGCAACGCCCGGCCUCAGCCGCCCGCGGCCCUAGCAACGCUCCGCCUCUCCGCCCGCGGCCAUGGCAGCGCCCCGCCCACUCGCCCGCACGCGGGUCCCAGGGCCUCGCUUCCGCGUCGCUCGCUCCGCCUUCCGGCAGGCCCCGCCCCCAACGGCCCCGCCCCCGCACUCGCCUGGGCGGAGUUCCAGGCCGCGCUCGGGGGCGCGCGCUUCCUUCUCGCCGCCCCCCCAACCCCGCAGCCCUGUGCGCCCCCCUCCCUGUCCGGCUCCGCGGGGCUCCCGGGGCCGAUCCCACCGCCGAGGUUCGCGCCCCGCCGCCGCCGGCUGCGCCCCCGCGCCUUCCCGGCCUCGGGCGGCGGCGGCGGCACAAAGGGAAGCAGCAUGUCCGACCCCAGCUACUGGACGGCGGUGGCGGCUCCCGGCCAUCGCAGCCGCCUGGCCAAAGGCGCGCUGCUGCAGCGCUCCAAGAGCUGCCGCAGCGGGAACCGCAAGAGCUUGGUGGUAGGAACGCCCUCCCCGACCCUCUCCCGCCCCCUGUCGCCACUGUCAGUCCCAACGGCAGGCAGCAGCCCCUUGGAUAGUCCUCGGAAUUUCUCGGCUGUCUCUGCCCUCAAUUUCCCCUUUGCCCGGAGGGCAGACGGCAGAAGAUGGUCCCUCGCGUCUCUCCCAUCUUCCGGCUAUGGAACCAACACACCCAGCUCCACCCUCUCGUCAAGCUCAUCCUCCCGGGAACGUCUCCACCAGCUUCCCUUCCAGCCGACGCCAGACGAGCUGCACUUCCUGUCCAAGCACUUCCGCAGCUCAGAGAACGUGCUUGAUGAGGAAGGCGGCCGGUCACCCCGCCUCCGCCCCCGCUCUCGCAGCCUCAGCCCGGGCCGCGCAACGGGGACCUUCGACAAUGAGAUUGUCAUGAUGAACCAUGUGUACCGGGAGAGGUUCCCCAAGGCCACAGCACAGAUGGAGGGCCGUCUGCAGGAGUUCCUGACGGCCUACGCGCCUGGCGCCCGGCUGGCGCUGGCUGAUGGCGUCUUGGGCUUCAUCCACCACCAGAUCGUCGAGCUGGCCCGAGACUGCCUGGCCAAGUCUGGCGAGAACCUCGUCACCUCCCGCUACUUCCUAGAGAUGCAGGAGAAGCUGGAGCGGCUUCUGCAGGAUGCCCAUGAGCGCUCGGACAGUGAGGAGGUUAGCUUCAUUGUCCAGCUUGUCCGGAAACUGCUAAUCAUCAUCUCGCGGCCAGCUCGGCUGCUGGAGUGUCUGGAGUUUGACCCUGAGGAGUUUUACCACCUGCUGGAGGCGGCUGAGGGCCAUGCGCGGGAGGGCCAAGGCAUUAAGACUGACCUUCCACAGUACAUCAUUGGGCAGCUGGGCCUGGCCAAGGACCCCCUGGAGGAGAUGGUGCCACUGAGUCACCUUGAAGAAGAACAGCCCCCAGCACCUGAGUCCCCGGAGAGCCGCGCCCUGGUCGGCCAGUCACGGAGGAAGCCAUGCGAAAGCGACUUUGAGACCAUCAAACUCAUUAGCAACGGAGCCUAUGGGGCUGUCUACCUGGUGCGGCACCGUGACACGCGGCAGCGCUUUGCCAUCAAGAAGAUCAACAAACAGAACUUGAUCCUGCGUAACCAGAUCCAGCAGGUCUUUGUGGAACGUGACAUUCUCACCUUUGCCGAGAACCCCUUUGUGGUCAGCAUGUUCUGCUCCUUUGAGACCCGGCGCCACCUGUGUAUGGUCAUGGAAUAUGUGGAAGGCGGCGACUGCGCCACGCUCUUGAAGAACAUGGGCCCGCUGCCCGUGGACAUGGCCCGCCUGUACUUCGCCGAGACGGUGUUGGCGCUCGAGUACCUGCACAACUACGGCAUCGUGCACCGUGACCUCAAACCAGACAACCUGCUCAUCACCUCGCUUGGCCACAUCAAGCUCACGGACUUUGGCCUGUCCAAGAUCGGCCUCAUGAGCAUGGCCACCAACCUCUACGAGGGCCACAUCGAGAAGGACGCCCGAGAGUUCAUAGACAAGCAGGUGUGUGGAACACCGGAGUACAUAGCCCCCGAGGUGAUCUUCCGCCAGGGCUAUGGGAAGCCAGUGGACUGGUGGGCCAUGGGCGUCGUCCUCUAUGAGUUUCUGGUGGGCUGCGUGCCUUUCUUUGGAGACACCCCCGAGGAACUCUUCGGUCAGGUGGUCAGCGAUGAGAUCAUGUGGCCAGAGGGAGACGAGGCCCUUCCAGCGGACGCCCAGGACCUCAUCACCAGGUUGCUCCGGCAGAGCCCACUGGACCGUCUGGGCACUGGUGGCACCCAUGAAGUGAAGCAGCACCCCUUUUUCCUGGCCCUGGACUGGGCAGGGCUUCUCCGACACAAAGCCGAGUUCGUGCCCCAGCUCGAAGCCGAGGAUGAUACCAGCUACUUUGACACCCGUUCGGAACGUUACCGCCACCUGGGCUCCGAGGACGACGAAACCAAUGAUGAAGAAUCAUCCACAGAGAUCCCCCAGUUCUCCUCCUGCUCCCACCGGUUCAGCAAGGUCUACAGCAGCUCUGAGUUCCUGGCCGUCCAGCCCACUCCUACCUUCGCUGAAAGGAGCUUCAGUGAAGACCGGGAGGAGGGAUGGGAGCGCAGCGAGGUGGACUAUGGCCGCCGGCUGAGUGCUGACAUCCGGCUGAGGUCCUGGACAUCCUCUGGAUCCUCCUGUCAGUCAUCUUCGUCCCAGCCCGAGCGAGGUCCCAGCCCAUCUCUCCUGAAUACCAUCAGCCUGGACACAAUGCCCAAGUUUGCCUUCUCAUCAGAGGAUGAGGCGGCAGGCCCGGCCCCUGCAGGCCCCAAGAGGCCUGUCUUCAUUCUAGGGGAGCCUGACCCACCCCCAGCAGCCACCCCAGUGAUGCCCAAGCCCUCGAGCCUUUCCGCCGACACAGCUGCCCUCAGCCACGCCCGCCUACGGAGCAACAGCAUCGGCGCCCGACACUCCACACCGAGGCCUCUCGAUGCCGGCCGGGGCCGCCGCCUUGGGGGCCCAAGAGACCCAGCCCCUGAGAAGUCCAGAGCCUCCUCCAGCGGUGGCAGUGGUGGCGGCGGUGGGGGCCGUGUGCCCAAGUCGGCCUCUGUCUCUGCCCUGUCCCUCAUCAUCACGGCAGAUGAUGGCAGCGGCGGCCCCCUCAUGAGCCCCCUGUCCCCGCGCUCUCUGUCCUCGAACCCGUCGUCCCGUGACUCCUCGCCGAGCCGAGACCCGUCCCCCGUGUGUGGCAACCUGCGGCCCCCGAUCGUCAUCCACAGCUCCGGCAAGAAGUACGGCUUCAGCCUGCGGGCAAUCCGCGUCUACAUGGGUGAUAGCGACGUCUACGCUGUGCACCACGUCGUCUGGAGUGUGGAGGAUGGAAGCCCCGCCCAGGAGGCUGGCCUGCGGGCCGGGGACCUCAUCACCCACAUCAACGGGGAGUCGGUGCUGGGGCUGGUGCACAUGGACGUCGUGGAGCUGCUGCUGAAGAGCGGCAACAAGAUAUCCCUGCGGACCACGGCCCUGGAGAACACCUCCAUCAAGGUGGGCCCCGCACGGAAGAAUGUGGCCAAGGGCCGCAUGGCGCGCAGGAGCAAGCGGAGCCGUCGGCGGGAGACCCAGGACCGGCGGAAGUCGCUCUUCAAGAAGAUCUCCAAGCAGACCUCCGUGCUUCACACCAGCCGCAGCUUCUCCUCCGGACUCCACCACUCACUGUCAUCCAGCGAGAGCCUCCCUGGCUCGCCCACCCACAGCCUCUCCCCCAGCCCCACCACUCCCUGCCGAAGCCCAGCCCCUGAUGUCCCAGCAGAUACCACUGCAUCCCCACCCAGCGCAUCCCCGAGCUCCAGCAGCCCCGCCUCCCCAGCUGCUGCCGGCCACACCCGCCCCAGCUCCCUGCAUGGCCUGGCUGCCAAGCUUGGGCCACCCCGCCCCAAGACGGGCCGUCGCAAGUCCACCAGCAGCAUCCCACCCUCCCCGCUGGCCUGCCCGCCCAUCUCUGCACCCCCACCCCGCUCGCCCUCACCCCUGCCCGGGCACCCCCCCGCACCUGCCCGAUCCCCGCGGCUGCGCCGAGGCCAGUCAGCUGACAAGCUGGGCACAGGGGAGCGGCUGGAUGGGGAGGCAGGGCGGCGCAGUCGUGGGCCAGAAGCCGAGCUCGUGGUCAUGCGACGGCUGCACCUGUCCGAGCGCCGAGACUCCUUCAAGAAGCAGGAGGCCGUGCAGGAGGUUAGCUUCGAUGAGCCGCAGGAGGAGGCCACUGGGCUGCCCGCCUCAGUGCCACAGAUUGCCGUGGAGGGCGAGGAAGCUGUGCCAGUAGCUCUCGGGCCCACCGGGAGAGACUGAUCCCCCUGCCAGGUCUCUCCCUGGCCUCAAAGUCACACGUUUCCUUGUGCAAUGUUUUUUCUGUAAAGUCACGCCUGGAUGGGGACCGAGCCACCAGCCUGACACCCAGAAAGCAAGAAGCCAUCUUGGUCCUUGCUGGGAGGUGGAGAUAUCACUUCCCUUGUGUUCUGGUGUCAAUCAGGGGGCUGGAUGGGGCAGGAAUGGGGGAUAAGGGUAGCUUUGUAAAUAGCAGCAAAUCCCUGCAACUAAUUUAUUACUUUUUUUUUCGUUUUUUUUUUUUUUUUUUUUUUGAGACGGAGUCUCACUCUGUUGCCUGGGCUGGAGUGCAGUGGCGUGAUCUCGGCGCACUGCAACCUCCGCCUCCCAGGUUCAAGCGAUUCUCCUGCCUCAGCCUCCCAAAUAGCUGGGAUUACAGGCGCCCGCCACUAUGCCCAGCUAAUUUUUUGUAUUUGUAGUACAGAUGGGGGUUUCACCAUGUUGGUCAGGCUGGUCUUGAACUCCUGACCUCAUGAUUUGCCCACCUCGGCCUCCCAAAGUGCUGGGAUACAGGCGUGAACCACUGGGCCCAGCCUAAUUUAUUACUUUUUAUAAGCGAUAGCCAGACUGAGCCGCCCCCUGCAGGCGGCCGCCAGGUCUUGCCCCAGGCACCUGGGACCCUGUUUGCAGGCCCUGCCCUCUGGGCUGAGAAGGAAGCACUUUGGACAAGUCAUCUGUGUGUGUGUUUUCUAGUUUUUCUGUACUUUUUAAGUGUUUUAUGUUACCUGGUCUCAUUCCCUUCCCCACACCCACCCAUUUGAGGGGAUUGAGUUGAAGUCACCUGUACUAGCCCAGUUUGGAUACAACCUGGAGUGUCCGUAAACGAUUCCCCUCACCCACAAAACAAUGUAAUCCCAACGAUGGACUGGAUUCUGAAGUCCACUUCCCACCGUCAUAGCUGCCAUCCCCAGGCAGUGCCUACUCUAUAUAUAUAGAGUCUGCCUCCAAUCCCCCUGGCUUCAGCCUGGAGAAGGGAUGUGGGAGCUGGGGCUUUGAUGGAUGAAUAGGUGUUCACCGGAUCUGGGCAGAGGGGUCAUCUGCUCCAAAGGUGGGCACUGAUAAAGGAAGGCAUAGGCCUCACCUGGCACUGCCAAGGCAGCCUCCGGAAAUGCUCAGCUGUCUCGGGGCACACUCCAGUAUGCCAGUCCUGCGGGAUUAUGUUCAGCUACUUCCGGAAACAGUCGGUGUCCCCUCCCCUCAGGCUCUGCCUCGGCCUCACUUUGUCUAGUCUACCCUGGACAAGAUGCCGUGUGUUUGAGGCCCAGCAGAGUGAGCCCUUGGCCGUGAUGUAUCUGAAACACCUGUUAGGGGUUCCCUCCAUAUGUCAGAGCCUCUCUGGGAUGAAGUUCAAGCAAGAAAACCCAGUUGAGGCUCGAGUUUGAAUUUCAGCUUCACUGUGUGGCUCUGGGAAAAUGGCUUUCCCACUCUGUGCCUCAGUUUCCUUGUGUUUACAAGACUAAUCCCAUUGACUGUUUAUUAAGCACCUACUGUGUGCCAAGCGCUUUUACGUGGCUUCUCCCUCAGCCAGCCUUGAGAAGGCUGGAGGUGGCAUCAUCACCUCCGUUUUACAGACAAAGCAGCUGAGACCCCAGCGAGGGGCGGAAACCUGUCCAAUGAUCACCCAGCAGGAGUCGUGGCAGAAUGGAGCAUCAGCCAGACCCUGUUGUGGGCGUUGUCAUCAAGGGAGCUUGAAUGGAGGGUCUGGUGUCAGAUACAGCCGACUCCAGCCCCAGCUCAUCCCCCAUGAUGCUGUGUGACCCACUGGGCACUCUGGUGAGGGAGCUUUCCAGACAUCAACAGCCCACUCUGCGUCCCUUUCUGAGUCCCCUGCCCAGCACUGCCUAGUGUUGGAGGGUAGACCAAGGCUGUGCAUGACUCACCCCCUCCUUCCAUCCUGGAGCUGGCAGUGAAUAAAAGCCCGUAUUUACAAAGAUGA